CCUCGCCCCCGCCUCGCCCCCGCUGUGGAAUGAAGGCUGAACCCGCAGAAGAUACAGAUGGAUGGAGCACCGGUGAAAGAUGAGGGCAGGUCCUGGAGAUCCUUGGGACUGAGUGCUAGACUGAAGAAGGGAGUGGAAAGGAUUCAAGAUAUCAAGCCGGAUCCUUCAUCCUUUCAGGACAGAUUGUCAGCAGUAGUGGAUGGUAAUGAAGAAGAGCUGUUACUUAGAGUAAAGACUGAAAAAAAGGAGGAAGAGGAUCUGGAAUUUGAGAUGGAACUUGCUGCAGAUGGGAAACUGCUUGAUCCUGCACCUUCACGUGGUUCAUCAACUGAGGAACAGAUGAAGGUGGAGACUGAGGAGCAGAAGGUACAAGAAUUUGAGGUGCAGAAAAUCACCAUCCCAAUAGAGGGUUCGUCUUCCUCUUCGCACCCAAACACUUGUGGCGUGUGUGGGAAGAGUUUUAGCCGCCGUUCGAACCUGGCCAAGCACCAGAUCAUCCACACGGGAGAAAAGCCGUAUCGUUGCAAUGACUGUGGCCGCAGCUUCAACCAGAGCUCGGCACUCACCAAGCAUCAGAGGACGCACACUGGGGAGCGCCCCUAUGUCUGCGGGGACUGUGGGAAGGCCUUCACGGCUAGUUCCAACCUCCUCCAGCAUCGGCGUUUCCACACCGGGGAACGGCCCUAUCGUUGUGAAUUGUGCGGCAAGGCCUUCUCUCAGAGCUCCAACUACAACUUGCACCGGCGUGGCCACACAGGUGUUACUCCUUACCAGUGCAGUGUGUGUGGUAAGCGUUUUACUGGGAGUUCAUGCCUUACACGCCAUCAACGGACCCACACUGGAGAGAAGCCGUACCAAUGCCAGGAAUGUGGGAAGCGCUUUUCGGGGAGUUCUACUCUUGCUAACCACCGCCGUACCCACACGGGUGAGAAACCAUACGGUUGUGUCGAGUGUGGCAAGAGGUUCACCCAUCACUCCAAUCUGGUGGACCAUUGGAGGGUACACACAGGGGAAAAACCGUACGUGUGUACUGAGUGUGGGAAGAGCUUUCGGCUGAGCUCCCACAUAAUUCGCCACCGUCGCACUCACACCAAUGCUCGCAGCCCCAGCAUGGGCCAUGACCUCCUCUGUGGGGUUGACACAACUUUUGACAAAGCCAGCAUCAAGGGUCACCACGAUGGAAGCAUUGGGAUUCCACAUAUGACUGGUCGUGAUACUUUGUGUGCUGAUACCAGUGUUACCAAUGGCAAUAACAGCUCUGAUGAAGAAGAAGGUGACCGGCUUCUUAUCUGUGGCCACUGUGGUAAAGGUUUUCACCUGGAGUCUAGCCCCCAGAAGCCUAACCAAGAUGACUUCGUGCUGGGGGAAGGGCCCUAUAGUUGUACUGAGUGUGGAAACAGCUGUUGGACGUACCUGUUUCCCCAAGUGCCAGAAUAUACUUCCUUCUGCUUGGAAAUAACAGCUGUAUUAAAUCUCAUCCAGGUGCAUAGCGAGAUCUUCGAGGUUUCCUUCCUGCAUUACGUGAUGGAGGGGCAACAUAUAAUGGCCCAGGUCCAUAUCCAAGCCCCCUCGUCCUCUUCUGCGGCCGGGGAAGAAGCCAGGAGGUUGCCGAACCCCGUGCGAGUUGCAGCCCGGGAAAGAAUGGCGGGAGGACGCCUGUUGGACAGUCACAGCCUGGAUGGGAUAAGCCAGGUAUAUGGUGCCUCCAAGAGUCAGGAAGGAAGGAGGGCCACUAUAUCAAGUGCCUUGGAAUUGGAGGGAACUGUGAGUUACGACGGGGACCUGACUCAUUUUGUGGCCAACAACCUGCAAAUGAAGAUCAAGAUGAGCUCUCGGGGCAGUCUGGACGAUGCGGAGCCCACCUCCUCCACCUCGGUGUCAUCCCAGCUAUCUGUCCGAGGCAAAACCGCAGACAUACCUCCUGUGGACCCACAGGUCCUUCGGGAUCUGGAAAGGCUCACCAGGGACGUGGCCCAGAGAGUGGACCAGAUGUUGAGAGCCUUGAACAGCGCGAUCCAGAACAUGACGGCGCUCAGCGUGGGGUACAUCCAAACCUACCGAGAUGCUGUGGACAGUUUGGGUGAAUCCGUGGACAUGAGCAUCAAAGGGAUGUACACUCUGAUGGCGAGGUGUGAGGAGCUGGACCGCUCCAUGCAGCCCGUCCACAUCCUUGCCAAGCAGAUCCGGGAGAUUAAGAGGAAUCUGGAGAUCUUUGAGGCAUCCCAUAUGGAAAGUGGAAAACAAGCAUAUGUUCUGGACCUCCAGGGCUGUAGUGAAGGAAAGACAUUAAGAGGCAUUGAGAUGACAAAUGAAAACAAGGAAGAGGAAGCAGAAUCACAGAACAAGCAGAAAGAAGACAAAGAAAUGCAACAUAGAAUCUCUCCAGAGAAAGGAGUUAUAAUAGAAGACCAUGGAGUGGAAAGCACUCAGCUUGAGGCCUGUAAUGGAGAAUCUAUCAUAUCUCUGGAACAGGAAUCUACAGAUAAUCUUUCUGACAAUGACAGAGUGCCCAAAGCUACCAUUUGUCCUGACUGUGGGAAGAGCUUUAGUAACAGCUCUCACCUAAUCCGUCACCGUCGCGUCCAUACAGGUGAGAAACCGUACAAAUGCCCACAUUGUGACAAAAGUUAUCGCCAAGACUCUCACUUAGUUCAGCAUAUGCGCUCUCAUACAGGUGAGAAGCCAUACCGGUGCACACACUGUGGUAAGGGCUUCUCACAGAGUUCCAAUCUCAUCAUCCACCAACGGACACAUACAGGUGAACGACCCUUUACCUGUCCAGAGUGUGGGCGGAGUUUCAGCCAUAGUUCUGAUCUCAUUCAGCACAAGCGGAUACACACAGGUGAGAAGCCUUAUGUCUGUUCCAUCUGUGGAAAAUGCUUUUCUCAGAGCUCAAAAGUUACCCAACACAAACGCUUCCAUUCAGGGGAACGUCCGUUUUCCUGCGGAGAGUGUACCAAAACUUUUCGUCUCCGUGCUGAUUUAGUCCGUCACCUCCGCGCUCAUACUGGUGAGAGGCCUUUUGGUUGCCCUGAAUGUGGAAAACACUUUGCUGAGAGCUCCCAUCUUAUUCGACACCAGAGGAUCCAUAUGAGUGAGCGUCCCUUUCGCUGUCCAGACUGUGGGAAAGGAUUCAAUCAGAGCUCCAACCUCCAGCAGCAUCAGCGGGUGCACCGAGGCCAGAAACCCUUCAAAUGUGAUGAGUGUGGGAAAGGUUUUGGUGUAAGCUCAGCACUCCUGCAACACCAGCGCACUCACACAGGUGAACGACCCUACUGCUGCAGCCAGUGUGGGAAGAGUUUCAGUGUCAGCUCCACCUACCAUAUACACCAGCGUAUUCAUGCAGGACAAAAGCCCUAUUCAUGUGCAGAUUGUGGGAAAGGGUUUGUGCGUAGUUCUGCUCUUCUUCAACAUCAAGCAACUCACACUGGUGAAAAGCCCUUUCGGUGUCCCUAUUGUGGAAGAGGUUUUGGACAAAAAUCAGCACUUUCUCAGCAUCGGCGAGCCCAUGUGAGAAGAGGGGAGACAUUGACUUUGAUGGAAGGAUGGGAAACUACUGGGAUGGAAGGUGUUGGGGACCAGCGAGUGGGAGGAGAAGCAGACAGCAUGUGGCAAGGGAAUGGAAUAGGGAUUAUGGAGCCAGAGUGGCACGGUGAAGGAGAUGAGACCACAAGACAGGAAUGGGAGGAUGAUGGUGAUGAGGCCAUGAGGGUGGAAUGGCAGGAUGAUGGUGAUGAGAGUCCAGAGCAACAGUUGCAGGAUGAUGGCAGAGAAAGUAUGAGGCAGAACUGGAAAGAUGGUGUGGAAUCCUCCCUGAGGACAGAGUGGCAGGAUGAUGAGGAUGAAAGAUUGGAACAAGAAUCACAAGAUGAUUGUACUGAAAGCAUGAGGCUGGAGUGUCAGGAGGAGGAGGAUGACGAUGAUGAUGAUUACAGGAGGGUGGAGGAGAGUUUGCAGGAUAAUGUGAGUAUGAGACUAGAGUGUCAGGAUGAUGAUGAUGAAAGUGUGGAAGAAUAUGUACAAGAUGACAGUAAUUCAGACAUGAGGGAAAAAUGUCAGGAUGAGAUCACAAAGCAAGACUGGCGGGAUGAUAGAGAUGAAAGCAUAAGGGAAGAAUGGGAGACUACUAUAGAUAAUUUAAGGCAGAAGCAAUUAAUUGUGGAACAGGAAUGGCAGGACAGUGAAGAUGAUAGUGAGAAGCAAAGUUGGCUAGGAGAUGGGGAGGACAGCUUGGAGAGAACAAGGAAAAAGUCAAAGACAGAGUCACCCUGCUGAAGCUGGGGAGCUUAAGAAAUUGAAAUGAUUGACUGGGAUAUAGUAGAAGAGAGUAGAAUGUCUACAAUGUUCAUAUAAUAGCCAAAACCAGCAAGCCAUCGAAAGACAUAGUGGACAAACAGCAGAACCAUACCUUGAUGCAAAGUGGUCAUGUCCUUCUGCAGCAAAUAUAGCUGUAUUUAUAUUUGUAGGAUAUGCUGUGGUGUUCACUCUCCAUUUGAACAUGUUCCUCACUCCCAGUACCUGCAUGUCUGUGCUACAUAGCACUAUGUGGUGGCUGCCUCAUGGUCCAGCUCCCUGUAUCAUUCCAAGUCUUGUGCCAUUCGCUGAUCAAAUUAAUUCCAAAGGGUGAUUUUAUUCAGUCAGUUUUUAAACCUUAUUCUACAUAUAUACAUGGUGUAUUAUACUUCCCAAUCCAAGUUUUGUUAAAAAAAUAAAGUUUCAGAACACAGGUAAGGUAAGAUGCCUUUUCAUAAAUAAAUGGAUGCCUUUCCUUAUAGUGGGGGCAAUUCUUGCUGGAUUCCAGGAGUUGAUUUGGGAGAAAUGGUACUACAUUUCAGUCUUUGAAAUAAUUGACUUAGGAGGUUGGGAUUUGGGGGUGGGGGGCAAAAAAAAAGAUAAUAUGGUGGUUUUAUUUUCACAAUUUUUAUUUAGGAACCCAACAGAAUGUGGGGACACUGUAAGACUCCAAUAUUUAACUAGAACAGCUUUUUAAACUUCUUUUGCAUGCUCUGGAUCUCUCCCAAUUGUAGUUAUUUUUGUAAUAUCCUAACCCCUUGCUCUUUUCUGUGUCUCCCUCUGAUGAACUAAUAAAUGCUCUUUUUG